UGUUUUUUUAAACAGGCAGUUUUCAGACAGUCUGACCGUGACUCUCUAUAACUGGCUCUCUCCGCUUGGUUUCACACUGUGACUCUACCUCUAAGAAGAAGACAGCUUUGUAAAGGUGUGAUGAACAACUAUGAGGUCAUCCGUCAGAUCGGAGAGGGUGCGUUUGGGAAAGCCUUCCUGGUCAGAGACAGAGGGGGAGGCGGAGACAGACAGUGUGUGGUCAAACAGAUCGACCUCAGAAAGAUGUCAGCGAGGGAAAGGGAGGCGUCCAAGAAAGAGGUGACACUGCUGUCGAAGAUGAAACACCCAAACAUCGUCUCCUUCACCACGUCAUUUCACGAGAGGGGCAGCCUAUAUAUAGUGAUGGAGUACUGUGAUGGAGGAGAUCUGAUGAAGAAGAUUAACAUGCAGAGAGGAGUCCCCUUCACUGAGGAGCAGAUCGUGGGCUGGUUCGUUCAGAUCUGUCUGGGCCUCAAACACAUCCAUGACAGGAAGAUCCUCCACAGAGACAUCAAAUCUCAGAAUAUCUUCCUAACCAACAGAGGGAUGAAAGCGAAGCUGGGGGACUUUGGAAUCGCAAGAAUGUUGAAUAACACCAUGGAGCUGGCCCGGACUUGUGUCGGGACCCCGUACUACCUCUCCCCAGAGAUCUGCGAGAGUCGGCCGUACAACAACAAGACUGAUAUCUGGUCUCUGGGCUGUGUCCUGUAUGAGCUCUGCACCCUGAGGCAUCCAUUUGAAGGCAGCAGUCUGCGGCAGUUGGUCAGUAAAAUCUGCAGGGGGCGCUAUAACCCAGUAUCCAGCCGCUACUCCCAUGACCUCCGCCUGCUGGUCGCCCACCUCUUCAAGGUCAACCCCCGUGACCGUCCCUCAGUCAGCUCUGUCCUCAGGUGUCCCUUCCUGGAGAAGCACAUCAGCAAACAUCUGGACCCGCAGGUGAUGCAGGAGGAGUUUAGCCACACGACGCUGAAUCGAAAUAGAGCAGCUGCAUCACAGGCCACGAAAACAAGAGCGGGAGCAGCAAACACAGCAGAGAAGUCCAGAGGAGCAGAGAGGCCGGGGGUGGCUGUGAAGAAACAGCUAGCUAAACCAGACUGGAGAGUCCCACUCAGAGUGUACAGCCCUUCUCACCACAAACCUGUUCGUCAAAGAGCAGGACGAGCAGCUGCAGACAGAGACGUCUCAGGGCAGCAGAGCCAAAGGUUUGAUGUCCAGCAACCAGUCAGCCACUAUCAGCGCUACCACGCCCAGCUGGACGCCUUUCAGAGGAGGAACAAGGAGGACGUCCUUCCUCCUCCUCCUCUUCCUCAGGAGAGAGAGGGGGAGCGAUGCGAAGACCUCGCAGCUCCUCCUGUGGAACCGUACCAGCUUGUGGCUGUAGCUCGUAAUGAAUACCUGCAGAGGAGACAGGAGGCCAACCAGUACAAGCUGAGAGCAGAGAGACAGCUGGGUCUGCGUCCAUGUACAGCUGAGCGCAGCAGGAGGCCGGGACAUCAGGAGCAGGAAGCAGGACGACCUGAGCACCAGCACACACCUCAGAACAGGAGGCAGGAGGGACAGCAGGAGUACCUGCAUCAGCUGGAUCUCAUCCGACAGCAGUAUCACCAGGAGAUGAGACAGAUGAGGCUGAGGGCUGAAGCAGAGGCACAGACACGACAGAAACAUGGAACGUUUGUGGUGGAGACACCCAGAGACCCAGAAGCAUCAGCAGACAGUGAAGAGCAGCACAAAGCCUCACCUGCACAGGACAUUGAAGCAGCUCUGAGGCAGAUCAGGGAGGAGAAACGAGAUGAGGACAGAAAACACAAGGACAAGUUUGUUCUGCAGAGGGGAAUCAUGUUCGAGAUUCGAUUAGAUGACAAAGGGAUGAAAGGAGACGCAGAGACGAAGAAAGACGAGAAGGACCUGGACCCUCUGAACCGGACUCUGAGCUUCCAGGAGGGGGAGGAGUUGAAGCUCAGCGAUUGGUCGGAGGUGAGGAGGGGGUGGAGUCAAAGGGUUCCUCAGACUCUGCUGGAUGCACUUGGCAACAUGGACGUCAACUCCACCUACAGCACUGCAGCUGAGGCUGAGCAAGGUGAGGAGGCAGCAGGUCGCAGGCAGUGGGUCGACGGCCCCCCCGACACCUUGCUGAACGCUCUCGCCGAGGCCGAACUCACGUCGUCAACUUUGGACUCGGCGACUGCAGAUUUAGAGCCGGAGCAGUACGAAGCAGAGGACGAGAGGACGGGGGAAGAGGAGGAGGACUCUGAUGUGGAGAUGGACGAAGAGCGUCUGGAGCCGAGGUCAGACGACGACGACACGAACUUUGAGGAGUCGGAGGACGAGCUGAGAGAAGCGGUGGCAGACUCCAUGAAGAACCUGUUUGUCAUGGAAGACGCAGAAAACACAGAGGAAAGGGAGGAGGUGGAUGAUGGGAUGGAGGACAGGGAGGGUGGAGGUGCAGUGAAUGCUGCAAACCCUCAACAAACCCAACUGGAACUGAAGGAUUCACAUGCAGACGUCGGCGCAGGAUCGAUCGAGCGGCCCAGAGAAAGUGACGGUCAGUCCGAGCGUUCAGCCGAGUCUCACGCAGACGAUGACUCAUCUUUAAAUGGAGAGCAUCAGACUACCUGAUCAGACUGCCCUGUCAACGAUUGGCCGAGCCCUGGACAGGUCUGUUGGUUUCUUACUGUCAGCACUGACCACAGCACCUGAGCCCACUGGUUCCCACUGAAUCACACACCUUUAAAAACCACUCACAAAUAUAGAAUUCAGCUUUUUUUACAUCGACUCGUUUUCCUGAAUCAUUUGUUGGGGACUAUUUUCAGCUGCGGAUUAAUCCACAUUUGGUGUCGUGGUGACUGUUGUGGUGUGUGUGUGUGUGUGUGUUGACAGAGUCAUAAUAAACUACAGUGUGUGUGCUGAUGGUGAU